CUUCACGUCAGAUUAAGUCAUCGACCGAAUCGCAAGUCUAGUAUAUACAUACUACUUAUACUACGUAUACUACUACUAGUUCCGCUACUAUUACUAGCCCGAACUUUCUUCCCGCCUGUCAGAAAUAACCUUCUUUUAAUUCUCAAUCCUCACCGUUUGAAGCUUUGGGAGACGACAAGAAACACUCUUUUACGCUUUUUCAUGCCACCACAUAUCGCGGUGUCACUAUCAACCGAAUUAAGGGAUCUAUAAUCGCCGAGUUAAGAAUCCUUCGGCGGCAAUUGGGAGGCGAAGCCUUAUCACUUAACACACGACUCUUUUCUCUUUUUCUCUAUAUUAUUUCUUUUCUCUAUCUAUUUAUCGCAAAUAUAUAGAUUAAGUCAAGAUGGGACGAAGAAAGAUUGAAAUCAAAGCCAUUAAGGAUGACAGAAACCGCUCUGUCACAUUCCUGAAGCGAAAGGGCGGUUUAUUCAAGAAGGCGCACGAGCUGUCCGUGCUCUGCUCUGUCGAUGUCGCCGUAUUCAUCUUUGGUAGCAACAAGAAGCUCUACGAGUACUCUUCGGGCGAUAUGCGAGAUUUGAUUACAAGAUACCAAUAUCAUGGCGGUCCGAACGAGCACAAAGGUCCUCACGACUUCAACGGUGGCGAUGACGAUGAUGACGAAGACGGCGACGGUACUCCCCCUCACGGCCACGAAGGGUCUGUCGAGCCUCAAAUGAUUCCUCCCCAUUUCCAAGGCCAACCGCCUUUCCCUCAUCUUAGGCACCACACUCCUUCCGCGUCGCCUCCCAUUAACGGAAUGCCAUUCGCGCCUCGAAGUCACACCCCGCAGCCACAAAUCGCAUCCCGACCCUCAUCCAGAAACGAUUUCCGCCGCGAUCUACGUGUCCCUCAACAAGGCGCACCUCAGCAAGUUACCAACGGCUACGCGUACAUGCCUCAGCCUGCUAUUUACAACCCGCAAAGCCAGCCUGCCUAUCACCACGGUCUUCCGCCAGCAGCUCCAGGUCAAUAUCAAUACGCUUCUACCCAACAGCACGGUCCGGUCCAGUCGUAUAUGGAAGAUCAGCGCCGGUCAUCCGUGCCUCCUAACUACCCUCCGCAAGGUCCUCCACAGAACCAGCCACCGCGUCCUUCUCCGCCGCAACCAACUCAUCAAAUGCCACCUCAGCAAACUCCUCAUAUGUCUCCUCCCCAGCCGCCUCCUCAGCAUCUGGAACCCCCGCAGCAGCAACAGCCACAGUUAUCGCAAUCAAUGGCAGAACCCCAACAACUUCCUGCACCUAUAGAGCCUAAGCACGAACCACUCCAGGAGAGGACCGGCCAACGUUUGCUAGAUACGACAUCGGCGAUUAAAAAAUUACCGCAACGUAAGGGACACAGCAUUUUUACUCCGAUUGAUGAGAAUCAAUCGAUCCUGUCUAUGCAUCUGGAUUCUUUCAACGCGGAACCCCGUAGUAAGGAUGAUGUGAAUCGGUCUCAAUCUGUGGAUGUUGGCGCUGUAUCGCGUGCCAAAUCCAACUCAUCUCCACCUCUGCCGCAACGUUCUAACACCUCCAACCUGCCUAAUUCCCGCAAUUCCAUACCUACAAUCCCCGAAACGACAUUUACCCCCCCUUCUCGCUCUAAUAGCUUGAAGGUCGGUGGUGGUUCGCGGCCCCGCCUAAAGGUGCAAAUUCCCGAGGAGCAGUCUGAAGCCGGUAGCACUGCCGGCGGCGACACGGCUACCUCUCCCCGCACCACCACGGAAUCUACCGCACAAUCCGCUCGCCGGAAUGGUGCGGAAGGUCCUGGGGCCGGUGUAGUUCUUCCGCCUCCUUCACCUUCGGCGUCGGCUAUGCUAUCUGCAGGGGCAACUGGGCCGCCAAACCCAUUCGCUAGACCCCAUCCUCAGACCCAGAACAAUAAUUCCAUGAAUAUCGAUACUCCCGUUUCGGCCCUUCCAUCAAGGUUCCUCAAUAAUGAAUUCCUGCCAAGCCCUAGUUCAUUUUAUCCCGAGUGGAACUUUCGAGGUAGCGACAGCAACACCCUUCCUAGUCCUCUAAAUUUUGCUACGCCGGUGGUCGGCUCAGGUCCUUCCUUUCUAAGGGACGACAAUGGCCCGAGUACCACAAAGCGGAAGAGCCCAGAUAUAACCGCUGGCCAUCCGGACGGACCGGACGGCGGUGAGCCCAAGAGGAUUAGGGUUGACAGCUAGCCGCCCUCGAGUGUACAUUUAUCUCACUGACGCCAUCCGACUACCCCCUUAUAUUAUUAUUCUUUGAUUUACAAGUUUGUUUAUACCGCGACUCGCAAUUGUACAACAUCUUAU